CAGAGUGCAGGCACUGCAGUCGACCAAGUCAACCUCAAAUCUCCCAAUACACGACUUUUAAAUUCCCUCUUGCUCGCUAGAAAGCAGGCAUCGACCUCAAAUCUCCCUUCGCCAAGUCCUUACAGGCCUUUGCCGUCCUCAAACGCCCCAAAUCCCAAACUGCGCCCUCUGGGAAACCGGCCCCCUUCCGACCGCCUGCCCACUGACGCGUAGAAAACUUGCAAUCCACAUCACGGCCGACAUAUCCCUGCGCUUCCAUGGUUCACAUACUCUCAUAAUCCUCACCGUCAAUCGAGGAGGGCGGAUGCGAAGAUGAUCGCGCGGUUGGCGUUUUAAUCAAGGAGAUGUCGCGCCCACAGGGCACUCACUCUCACUCCAAGUUCGCUGAUUUCUUCCCGACGGCUCCCAGCGUUCAGCAACGGAAAUCUUCGAAGCUGCUUGAUCUCGACCGCUCCCGGCCGCGCCGCCCUGACGAUCGCGCAGAAGAUGCCAACACGAAAGAGAACCCUGCUCGACACUCGCUGAACUCAUCAUCCACCGCGUAUCACCCACGUUUACCCGCCAAACAGGACAACUUGGCAAAGACUCCCGCCGUCACUGUGGUUCCGGAAGAAAGCGACCCGUACGCAGGCGACCUUCUCAAUGGUGUUGGCUCAGCAAGUUCGUCCAGUACCGCUUCAUCGGUCUUUAGUGCUCCCGUCGCAAGCGCCGCCAUGCCUGGCGCAAGUCAUGUCAAUUUCACCACUCUUACCCCUCUUACCAACUCCGACUCUCCUCCAAAUGUUAAACUCAUGAGCCCGACCGCUGACUCUGCCUCCCACCCCAUGAUGGGCGGCGGCAAUAAUGCGUCCACCCUCCAUCAAGGGUCGAUGACACCCCUCCACACACCGCCGACCCAUCGAAGAUCCGCGCGCGAUGCCAAUGCCGAAGUCAAAGGGACCAAAUGUACCUACGAUCCGGAACUUGACAAGACUCUGAACUCCAAGGACAAACGGAAGCUGAAAGCGCAGUUCGAGGAUUUCGGAGCAAAGCCUCAAGACAACUUCCAACCUCCUGACCCGCGGUCGGCCAUUCCCAACUACACAAAGGGUGUCGUGGGAAAAGGAAAAGCAAAAUUUCGCCCUGCACCUUAUAAUCUCAAGUCGUGGGUGCCUGAUCAUGCAACCGCGGUUGCGCCGCCCCCCCCGACCACCGUCGUCGUCACCGGUUUCGACCCGAUGACACCGCUGUCACAGAUCAGUGCACUAUUUUCCAGCUUCGGCGAGAUCGAGGACUUGGACAAUAAAACUGAUCCGGUCACUGGGCGGUUUCUCGGCAUCUGUAGCAUCGCCUACCAGGACUGCGCCUCCUUCCAAGGCGGGGGACCGAUCUCCGCAGUCCUCGCAGCCAAAACAGCAUAUCUUGAGGGCAAGCGCGGACAAAGGAUAGGCUUGAAGACUGUGCAGGUGGCCAUUGACCGAGAUGGAUCUGUAACGGAGAAGUUGGUGGAAAAGGCAAUCGCAUUGCACCGGAAAGAGAGUGGAUUCACAAACCAGUCACGCAUCCAACCGUCUCCAUCUCCCUCAACACCAACAGCAGUCCAGUCACCAGGAUUUGCGAAGUCUACCGGCCCGCCGCCAACUGCGCCAAAGGGGCCGUCAGGAAAGCCACCUUCUCGACCGCAGUCUACGUUCCAAGCCCCAUUCGGACUCCCCGUUAAACCAGAGAGACCAAGCAAGCCUGUGGUCGCAACCGCUUCGCUUGUCGAGACGACGCCAAUAGCCGAAACAUUAAAAGUACCCUAUAUCUUCAUCGCGCAUUGUUACGUACCAGUUAUGAGCACUACGAUCCCGCACUUGAAGAAGAGGUUAAGGAUGUAUGAUUGGCGGGAUGUCCGCUGCGACGAGACGGGAUACUUUAUCACAUUUGAGCAGUCGCGAAACGGGCAGAUGGAGGCUAAGAAGGUGUUUCACGGCUGCCAUAUGCAGCCAUUGUUUACAUAUGUGAUGAACUUGGAAUUACAUCUCAACGGGAAUCACAAGGCGGUCAGUGCAGCAGACGCUAUACCUACGUCGACGGGGCCUGUCGAUUUCGUCUAUUCCAGGCAAGCUUAUAGGCUAAGGAAAGAGCACGAUCUCGACCUCGAGGAAGAAAAGCGACAGCGUGCAAGAGAUUUGGAUCCUUCUAGGGCUGUUGUGCAGCUUGUCAUACAGGAGCUCCGGGAUAAGCUGCUGGAAGAUGUGAAAUCACGCAUCGCUGCCCCUGUCCUCUACGAGUAUCUUGAUCCGAGCAGACAUGCAGAAAGGCGAAGAAUCCUCGGUGUGAGUGAUCCCGAGGGGACCCGGAGGCAGGGUUAUGCCGAUGAAGGCUCUCAGACCCCAGACUCGCGCCUGGGUACCGGGCGACGCCCGCUUGGAAGCAAAAACCUCAAUAUUCUUUCCCUGCCGAAAAUUGGCAAGAGGCCUGGCGCAGACAGAGGCAUGGUUGGUUUCCGUGAUGAGAGAAGGAAAGCUCCAACAACGAGGCACAAUGUCAGGCCGUUGUUUCACCAGCUGGCCCAGUUUCAUGCCGACGACGAUUCCGACGACGAACGGCGGACGUCGGUCACUCGUGACACAGAAGACCCGGAGAGCCGCCCUCCUAGCCGGAUGAGUAUGACCUCUAUAUCCGACGACGACGACGAACUUCUGCGCAAGGUGACAAAACGCCGCCUCCAUGCUCGAGAGGAAUCCGAGAUGGGAGACAGCGUGGUCAAGGAUGAGCUUGACGCGAGCAAGCAAACUGCGGAAGAUCUCAUCAUCGCCAAACUCGAAAGGAAUAUUUACGAGAUGUCCCCAUCGUCGCGCAAACGAAAGAGGCUAGUGAAAGAGCUGGAGGCCCGUAAACGUCAAAAGGCAGACGACGAGUUGUUUGGCAUUGGCCAAAAUGACUUGGAUCGGGAAGGAUCAGAGGAUAUCAAAGUGGAAACUCCGAUUGAAGCGACGCCUGAUAUCGAUUCGGACGCUGCCAAGGUCAGGAAGCCGAAGCCGAAGAAGAAGACCAAGAAACAAAUCUUGGAAGAGCAAGAAGCACUCCGACGAGCGCAAGCAGAGGCUGAAGCAGCUGAAGUGGUGGAUAAUGUUCUGGAAUAUGCUGAGGAAGAAGAGGCUCUCGCUGAAGCUGCCGAAUGGAGGCCAGAAGUGGAAUGGGGCGUCUCAGCCGUGGAGCCUUUGCCUACCGUCGAUGACGACGAUAAUAUCAUUCCUGAUCUUCGCGGAUGGCAAGCGAGUCUGUUUGACGAAGAAGAUCUUGAAUUUUUGUCAUCGGCAAUGAAGUUGAAGAAGGCUAUGGAUAUUGGCGAUCCGAUGGCGUGGGCCUGGAAACAAGAGCGGAUUCGAAAUCUCAAACCUGGGACGCAGCCGGGUGCCCUUAGGACGGAACCACCCAUUGACGGAUAUUAUGUUCCCAAUCCAUCCGGCUCGGCAAGGACGGAGCCUGUACGAAGAAUCCUCGAGUCCGAGAAGUCGAAGUAUCUGCCUCAUCGCAUAAAGGUUCAGAAGGCCAGGGAGAAGAGAGAGGCGGAAGCUAAGAAGGAUCCUGGCAAGCAAGUCGUGGAACUGCCCAAAGCUUCUUCCCGCGGCAAGCGUGCCGACGAUCGACGCACUGUCAAAGAUCUGGACAGGCAGCGGGAGAUGCUACAAGGUAUGGGUGAGGACGCCGACGUCCUGCGAUUCAACCAACUGCAGAAACGCAAGAAACCCGUCAAGUUCGCCAGAUCUGCCAUUCACAAUUGGGGCCUGUAUUCGCUGGAACGGAUACAGGCAAGCGAGAUGAUCAUCGAGUAUGUGGGAGAGAAGAUCCGGCAAGAAAUCGCCGACUUGAGAGAGAUCAAAUACACCGAGAGUGGCAUUGGCAGCAGCUACCUCUUCCGAAUCGAUGAAGGGACUGUCGUGGACGCGACCAAGAAGGGUGGUAUUGCAAGAUUUAUCAACCACAGCUGUUCACCGAAUUGUACUGCCAAGAUCAUCAGGGUGGGCGGCACGAAACGGAUCGUCAUCUACGCUCUGAGAGAUAUUGAGAAAGACGAAGAACUAACGUACGACUAUAAAUUCGAGCGUGAGAUCGGCAGUGAUGAUCGCAUCCCGUGUCUCUGUGGCUCGGCGGUCUGCAAAGGUUUCCUUAACUAAUACUCCGGCAUCUCCAGUGGCAGAUGUUGAAAUCCGUGGCGGGAUCUGGCGGUUACAUGCUUCUUUCGAUGUUAUAAGUGUGCAUUUGAAAAUAUGGAAGAGCAUUUGGGUCCGGCGUUCUCUUCCAUGCGGCAUGAUGAAAGGACGGACAUCUGACAAAAGUCACGGCACAGCAUGGGUCCAUGGAAAGGCUGGGCCGGGUUUUAUCUUUGCAUUGAGAGAAUCGCCGAGGGCGGUGCCAUAUUGUGGGAGAGGCUGUGAGGAGUUCGCCAGGAUCAUCGUAAUCCUAUUUCAACAAGGCAGGGGUGUGAUGAGUCGCAGGCAAGUGGCCGACAGUGAACGAACUCCGUUAACUCAACUCAAGUGAUGGAGCAUUACAGAAGGGACGACACCGCCAAUGAACGAGUUGGAGAGAUUUCUCUCUCUCUUUUUGUGUACUUGUAUCAUCUCAACCUACUGCUUGACAAGCACAGCAACUGCACGCCGCACACAGCCCGAAGGGUCUGGUCACCCUGAAGAAGGACAUCUAAGUAGUCCGUACAUAGAGUAGGGGCUAAAGUGCUUUGCCUCCAUGGGCGGCGUUUCCACAGAAUUGGCUGUUCUCUGUCCCCUUGAUCGAACCUUUUCAACUGAG